AUGAAUAUUUUGAUUUCUGGGAGCAAAAAUAGAAAUAUUUUACGAUAUUCAAUUGAAAACGACUCUUUCACAAAAAUCCCUUUUCAGUUUGCACCUGGGAGAAGAAAAAUCUUGCUAAAUGCUGGGAGACUGUAUUUAAUAGAGUGCGAUAAUGGAAUGGUUUAUGAAAGCGAAGAUGGGGAUGAGACUGCUUGGAAACAAGUCGGAAGAUCAAUAAUUCAGGAAGCAUAUCCUAGCCAAAUUUAUUGCGCAUAUAACAAAGAAGCAAUAUAUAUUGGAGUUAAUUAUAUAAAAGUGCAUGAAUACUAUAGAUUUGAUUUGGGUCCAAAAUCUAUGAUUCCACUUUCGGUCUAG